UGGGAUGCCAUAACUGAAAUGGAUGAACACAAUCGUCCCAUUCAUACUUACCAGGUAUGUAAUGUGAUGGAACCAAAUCAAAACAACUGGCUUCAGACGAACUGGAUCUCCCGUGAUGCUGCACAGAAAAUUUAUGUGGAAAUGAAGUUUACUCUGAGGGACUGCAACAGUAUUCCAUGGGUACUGGGAACCUGCAAGGAAACUUUCAAUCUCUACUAUCUGGAGUCAGAUGAAUCUCAUGGAAUAAAAUUCAAGCCAAACCAGUACACUAAAAUCGAUACUAUUGCAGCUGAUGAGAGCUUUACCCAGAUGGACUUAGGCGACCGUAUUCUUAAACUCAAUACAGAAGUUCGUGAGGUUGGACCAAUAAACAAGAAAGGAUUUUAUCUUGCUUUUCAGGACAUUGGAGCAUGCAUUGCUUUGGUCUCAGUCCGUGUUUAUUACAAAAAGUGCCCUUUCACGGUCCGCAAUUUGGCUGUGUUUCCUGAUACUAUUCCAAGAGUUGAUUCUUCCUCUUUGGUGGAAGUACGGGGCUCCUGUGUGAAGAGUGCUGAGGAAAGGGAUACUCCUAAAUUAUAUUGUGGAGCAGAUGGGGAUUGGCUUGUGCCUCUGGGACGGUGCAUCUGCAGUGUAGGUUAUGAAGAAGAGGAUGGCUCCUGCCAUG